AUGGAGAUGGGCCCCAAGCCGGCGAGCUGUGGGCCGCCCUUGCAUAAGGUCCAUCCACCGAAUGCACCUGACAGACUGACCCCAACGCGCCCACUGCGCUUUGGCUCCACCCACAGACCAAGCACUAUGGCCGACGGCGCCAUUAACGCCAAUCAUGCCAAUCUUCAUGUCAAUGGCAAUGGCCCGCUCAUCCCAGAGCGGACUUCGUUGACUCCUGCCAAAAUCCAUUUGAAUAGUCCUAAGGACAAGGAGAGGAAACGCAAGUCCCUCCCCGCUUCACCAAACCACAACCACGAUUUCAGACGCAGAUCAUCCAACCGCGUGACAGUCAAACCAGCCUCUCCCGAAGUCAUCUCCUCCCUCAUUGAGACUCUCUCCGUCAUCUCAGCGCCGGCAGAACAACACUUCGAUAGCUUGCCAAACAUCACCGAGUCGCAUUCCACUCCAGUCUCCCCUAGCGCAUGGGAUACUCACUUCCCAAGAUCGGGGAGCAGCUUCCGCGCGCCACCCUCUCCUCUAGCCAAUGGGUUCAGCAUUGACACUGAAAGCGUAGCCGAGUCGACGUCGCCUUCCAUCACUCAUCUCCAUCCUGCUCAUGCGAUAGAAACCCCCUCCCGACGAUCCUCCAAACAUGCGACCGAAAUAUCAAUAAAGCAGAAGUCUCGGGGAGCGGCCUAUGAAGAGUCUCUGGACGAUGCGUACAGCAUCGGCACACUGAGCAUCGAGCGCGGAGUCACGCCAGCUCCCUCAUUGAAAUUACCAGACAAGAAGAAAAGCUUGAGAAGUCUACGGAGCGCGAGGAGUAUUCGGAGUCUAGCAAUGAGAAACUCGACAGACUCGCUACCCAAAGGCGAUGUACCAGUCUUCGUCGCAAAGAAAGAGCCGGAGAAGAAACGAGAGCGUUUGUUUCUGACUGGCUCUGGCUCCUCGUCACCUACACCAGAGGGCUUGAGUGUGAAGAAGAGAGAUUCGCGCAUCGAUGCGCCUGUGGAUGCGUUUGAUCUUCUACAUUCAACAGAUGAGGCUGGUACAUUGCCAUCUGUCCUGGCCAAUAAGAGACUCUACUGGGACUCGGAAGAUGCUGCCUCCUCAGCAGGGCCUAGCCAGAGCAAAAGAAGCUCCUAUAACUUUGCCCAUCAGGGUCAAAUACCGACUAGAAGUUCUUCCAAGCGUCAGAGCCUGAGUUAUGCCAGCCGCCAUAGAAGAUCAAAAACGACUCAAUCAGAUCGUAGUGUUGGACAGGACGACGAGACAGAGGCAGGCGAUGACAGCUUCGUCACACCUCCUCAGACUCCGACCGUGGCUAUCGCUGAGCUUGAUGAGGCUAGUGUCAAUCGGCGUAUAGAAGAAUUGAGGGAGCAAAAGGCGCAAAGAGAUCGACUUGAAGCUGAGGCAGCAGCUGCAUCCCUAGACAUACCUGAGGAGAAAAGUCGGAGCCGCUCUCAUUCUCCGUUACCAAGAGAGCCUACACCUGACCAAACAACAGCCGGGAAGACGGAGCUCAAGCUUCCAAACGGUCACGUCGAGAAUACUCCUACAAUAGCAGAGAACGAAGAGACUGCUCCAUCUCCUUCUGUUCGAGUCGUUCCGUUACGGACAGACAAGAACACAGAGACCAAGAUCACUCCGAAAAUACAUCCAAGUCCCCUACAGGAUAAUCAACGCUCUUUCAGUGCACCUCAAAGAGCGAACUCGAAGUUGUUCAGACGGCAACCUCGUCCAGGAACCCCGACAUCUACAGAGAAGCAUCGCAGGCGAUUAUCACUCCAGAUCGGCGGUCCAAAAGACACUUCUAAUAACAACUCGCCACGACCAGAUAGCGCUGAUUCGAUUGAUAUUGCCAUUGACGAGUAUCUCUCCUCGCCUAGACUUUCGCAGCAAGUCGCAAAUCCGGUAACCGGACGCGUCAUCUCUUUUUCCGAAGUAGGAGAUCCGAAUGGCUCUGUGAUAUUUUGCUGCGUUGGCAUGGGCCUGACGAGAUACGUAUCGGCAUUCUACGAUGACAUAGCCAAAGCCUUGAAAUUACGAUUAAUAACUCCUGACCGGCCUGGAGUCGGCGGCAGUGAACCCUACGCUGACGAAAAUAAUACUCCUCUGAACUGGCCUGAUGAUGUACGAACCAUAUGCGAACAUCGAGGCAUAACCAAAUUUUCUAUCCUUGCGCACUCCGCGGGCGCCAUCUAUGCAUUGGCAACGGCUCUCCGCAUGCCUCAGCACAUCCGAUGCCGCGUACAUCUCUUGGCUCCUUGGAUCCCACCCUCUCAAAUGUCUGCCAUUGGCACCGCACAGGAACCGCUCCCAUCAACCGCCAUUCCCUACUCCCAACGCUUCCUCCGUUCUCUCCCCGAAGCCUGGUUCCGUGCCGCAAACUCCAACUUCUUCUCUGUCACCAGCAACAAAUUAACGACCAGUCUCCCACGCUCCUCCGCGCGCAAGAAGCGCAACGCAAACAAAACCACGAGUUCCGACAAUGCAGCGAACGGCACUCCGACGCCCAAGCCAAAAGAAGACCACUCCAACGAGAAAUCGCCGCUAUCUCCCCUUCCCCCUCCCUUCUCCGACAAAGACAAAGAAAACCGUCCUCCCACCCCCUCACCACCUUCCCUCCCCCGCUCGUCCCACGCCCGUAGCUCAAGCCGCGCCUCAUCUCCCCUCAAACCCACCACGACGACCACCUCGCUCCUUCACCCCUCCAAUACCACCAACAGCGCCCCAUCAAACCCCACCGACCCGACGCGAUCCGCAGACUACGAAACCCGCCUCGCAACCCGAAUCUGGGAUCUCUCACAAGCACACUCGAACCCUCACCUCGACCUACUCACCUGCCUCGAGCGCCGCCACCCCAUCGGCUUCCGCUACGUCGACAUCACCCGCCCCAUCGUCAUCCACCACGGGAGCAAAGACACGCGCGUGCCCGUGGAGAAUGUGAAGUGGUUGGGCGGGAUGAUGAAUAUGCGGAAGGGUGUGAAUACCGGGGUGGGGGGAAAAGGUGGAGGAGGGGCAGGGGGAGGGGGAGGGGGCGGCAGGAUGUAUGGAGGGGGAAAAUGCGAAGUUAGGAUCUUGGAGGGGGAAGGGCAUGGGUUGAUGGCUAAUGCGGCGGUGAUGGCGGAUGUGCUUGGAGAGGUGGCGGGGGAGUGGAGGGAUUGGGAGGCGUUGACUGGGGGUGGGAGGAGGUAG